AUGGCGGACAGCAAAGCGGGAGAGGACAAGCCGAAGCAGCCGCAGGCAGACGGAGUCAAGAAACAUCAUGGACAGGCUGUUUGUAUGACUUGGAAAACAUGGCAGGAAAUUAUAGGACCUGAAGAAGAGGCAGAAAAACCUGUGAAAACUAAGACUGUUUCUUCCAGUAAUGGAGGGGAAAGUUCGAGUCGCAGUGCAGAGAAACGGCUAGCUGAUGAAGAAGCUGAAGAUUUCACCACAAAGCCUGCUCCUGCCAAAAUGUCCAAGUUUGGAUUUGCCAUAGGCAGUCAGACAACAAAGAAGGCACCUGUGAUAUCCAUCAAACUUGGAGCAAAUAAACCUAAAGAGCCUGCUCCCACCCUAGCUCCAAAAACCCUUUCUGUAGCAGCAGUUUUCAAUGAAGAUGAUGAUAGUGAACCAGAAGAAAUGCCUCCAGAAGCAAAGAUGCGCAUGAAGAAUAUUGGAAGAGAUACACCAACCUCAGCAGGACCAAAUUCUUUCAACAAAGGAAAGCAUGGGUUUUCUGACAACCAGAAGUUGUGGGAACGGAACAUAAAAUCUCAUCUUGGAAAUGUCCCUGAGGAUGAUGACUAAAUGAUAUCUGUUGAGAUUUGGGUGUGGGGGUGGGAGGGAGGGCAGGGUGUGAUAUUAAAGGAACAGUUUCCUUUUUUAAGAAUGGUCUGAGAUUUACCUUUGGAGCCACUUUUUCUAAGGAUUGAGUGGUACAAUAAUAACUGAGUUUGAAAUUAGAGGUAAUUUAUGUUUUGUAUACAGAUUUCAAGGCAUUUGCUAAUUUUGUAGUUCUAUGUGAUUAGUUUCAAAAGGUUACAAAUAAAGAAAUUGGAAGUGGUAGUUUUUUAAUUUUUUGGGGGGUCACAGCAACUCAUACAACAAGGUGGACAAAAAAAGGUUACUGUCUCUUUAAUCAGGUUAAUGUUGAAUGCUACUGCACUUUGGCUUCUAGCUCCCUCUUUAUAUUAGAUGAAACAUUUGGAUCCUAAGAUCACUGUUACAGAGAGGGAGCAGUGCCUUGUGCUAGAAGUGUUGUUAGGCUAUUCAUUUGAACAUAAGAUUUCUACUCUGUAUAAAUUUAACAACCUGAAUAUUUUUCCUCCCCCUCUGGUCACUUUUUGUUCUUCACAAACUAAGAAUUGUGUUGCUCUGAGUGCUGUGGUAGCUUUAGCUCUAAUCUUCCUUCGAAACUUUAUGCAAAGUGUGUAAUAGUCUAACUGUGGUCUUGAUCAUCCUAAGGAAAGGGUCUUAGCUGUAUAUUAGAUACAGUCUCUAAAGAAUAUUCACUACAGUGUGGCUCUUAGUCAGUAGUACAAGGUAGUGCUUGUUAGCAUUUCCUUGUGAAUUAAAUGAAUAAGCAAAUAUUAAGAUUUCAAUAUAGAAAAGCCACCACCAAAAAGAUGAAAGUAUGUAAUUUAUUAAAACAUCAUAUUUGGUUUAAAUGUCUUCCUUUAUUAUGCCUAAAAGGAAUAAAAGCCACACCAAAAAUUCAGAAACUUAGUUUUUGUGCUUAUCAGCAGUAAGAUGCACUUUUUAUUUUGACAUUUUUAAGUACUCCUCUAGAUACUAAAAUAUGUUGUGGCUUCAAAGAACACUAUCAGGCUUAAAACAUAUUUUUGUUACCUGCACUACUAAUAUUUCUGACUAACAGUUCUUAACAAAAAAAAAAAAAUACUUUUGACUAGGCUGUUAAUUUUUUGCACCUAGUUUGAGCAAUGACAGUAAUUGGUCAUCUUCAUUUUCAGGAUUUCAUAUACUAGUCCAGUGCUCUGUUAGGAUUUCAAACAUGGUAAGGGUUGUCUAAAUUCCAUUAAGCUAUUUUCACUUAAUUUCAAAAAUUGAGAACAUUUGUGUCUCUAAAAAAAUCUAAAAAUACUGCUUUUUUUGGAAGCCUAAACUACCUGAUAGUGUCUGCAAGUAAAGUUAUUCUUCAUGUUUG